CUCUCUUGCCCCCUCCCCCCCUCCCCUCCCCUCUCCCCUUGACUCCUCUCCGAGGCACCAUGCUGACCCGCCUGUUCAGCGAGCCCGGCCUCCUCUCGGACGUUCCCAAGUUCGCCAGCUGGGGCGAAGGCGACGACGACGAGCCGAGAAGCGACAAGGGCGACGCGCCGCCGCCGCCGCCUGCGCCGGGACCGGGUGCUCCGGGGCCCGCCCGGGCCGCCAAGCCGGUCCCCCUCCGUGGAGACGAGGUGGCGGAGGCCGCGCUGGCCGAGGUCAAGGAGGAAGGCGAUCUGGGAGGCGAGGAGGAGGAGGAAGAGGAGGAGGAGGAAGGGCUGGACGAGGCGGAGGGCGAGCGGCCCAAGAAGCGCGGGCCCAAGAAGCGAAAGAUGACUAAGGCGCGCCUGGAGCGCUCGAAGCUGCGGCGGCAGAAGGCGAACGCGCGGGAGCGCAACCGCAUGCAUGACCUGAACGCGGCGCUGGACAACCUGCGCAAGGUUGUGCCCUGUUAUUCCAAGACGCAGAAGCUGUCCAAGAUCGAGACGCUGCGCCUAGCCAAGAACUACAUCUGGGCACUCUCGGAGAUCCUGCGCUCGGGCAAGCGGCCGGACCUGGUGUCCUACGUGCAGACGCUGUGCAAGGGUCUGUCGCAGCCCACCACCAACCUAGUGGCCGGCUGCCUGCAGCUCAACUCGCGCAACUUCCUCACCGAGCAGGGCGCUGACGGCGCGGGCCGCUUCCACGGCUCGGGCGGUCCGUUCGCCAUGCACCCCUACCCGUACCCGUGCUCGCGCCUGGCGGGCGCACAGUGCCAGGCGGCCGGCGGCCUGGGCGGCGGCGCGGCGCACGCACUGCGGACCCACGGCUACUGCGCCGCCUACGAGACGCUGUAUGCGGCGGCGGGCGGCGGCGGCGCGAGCCCGGACUACAACAGCUCGGAGUACGAGGGCCCGCUCAGUCCCCCGCUCUGUCUCAAUGGCAACUUCUCGCUCAAGCAGGACUCGUCGCCCGACCACGAGAAGAGCUACCACUACUCUAUGCACUACUCGGCGCUGCCCGGCUCGCGGCCCACGGGCCACGGGCUGGUCUUCGGCUCGUCGGCUGUGCGCGGGGGCGUCCACUCGGAGAAUCUCUUGUCUUACGAUAUGCACCUUCACCACGAUCGGGGCCCCAUGUACGAGGAGCUCAAUGCGUUUUUCCAUAACUGAGACCUCGCGCCGGCCCUCUUUUUUUUUCCUUUUGGCCUUUGCCCGCCCCCCUGCCCCCAGCCCCCUGAGCUUAG